AUGGCUGGUUGUACACCUGCAUCGGCUACACUGGCUGAGGGGAGUCAGGUCAUCCAAUCAGAAGAGCCAACAAACAUGGAGGAAGGAUGGGACUCCAGCAAUCUAAAGGAGGACGAGUUUGAAGAAUUCUGUGUCUAUAUCGUCCACGAUCGUGCAUGUGAGCGUGUGUGUCAGAAUCGCGCCCAGGCCUCCCUUCCUCGCAACCUCACACUAAAACCAUCGCAGAGCCAAUCAAACAAUGCGUUAGGGGUGUGGAGUGUGGACUACAUACCACGUGGAACACGAUUUGGACCUCUAGUCGGAGACGUUUACUCUAAGGAACCAUUCCUACGAAAAGAAUCGGAUAGGGUUUCUAUAUGGAAGAUCUUCAGUAACAACACAGUUUACCAAUACAUAGACAACAGUGACGUGACAAAGAGUAGCUGGAUGCAUUACAUCAAUUUUGCAUAUUCAUCCGUGCAACAGAACCUAAUUGCCUGUCAAAUCGACUUCAACAUCUACUUUUACACCAUAAAGCCGAUCCCUCCUAAUACAGAACUGAUGGUCUGGUACUGCCGGGAAUAUGCUGACCGCAUCAACUGCCCAAUCACUGGCGAGGAGAUGCUUCAGUCAUGGCGAAGACAAAUGCUUGAACGUCAUCUUCCUUUCCCAAAGAGUUUUCUCCCGAUCUGCCCGCCUAACCCAGGCAGUCUGUUCAAGGAAGACAGGAGUCCUUCCCGUCCCAAGACACCACCACAUGAAGAGGACUCACUGAAGGAUGACAGCUGUGAAAAUGGGGAGUGUAUUCGGGAGGAUGGCUAUGCUAUUGAUUACAGCCUCCACAAGCGGGAUGGCAGCCCUACAAGUGAUGACCAGGAGGUUUACCAUAGCGACCGGAACAAGUCGGGGCACAGUGACAGCCUUUCUGUGUCUGCAGGAUCCAUACUCUCACCACUUAAAGUUCCCAAACAUGAGCCUCUCAAGGAGCCCAGUCAUCCAUUGGAGCCCCUGUCACUACAAAUGCCACCAAGCUCUGUUGACUUACAUCUGGGAUCAAUCAAAAUGGCUCAUAGCACGCCCAAGAAAAGUUCUGGAAUUAUUGAGAAUUUGCUCCUGAAGAAAAUGAAAGAAAAUGGUGAAGAAAUUACUGAGAAAAUACUCAAAGGAAAUUCUCUAGCAUUUGACUUUAAACCUCCCAUGGACAUCAAACCUCCAGUGUUACCUACCCUUCCUGCACAUUCUAUUCAUCCUGCUCAUCCAGUUCAUCCUGGUCAUCCAGCACAUCUUGCUCAUGAACAGAAACCCAAAUCAGAGGAAUUGUCCAAGGAUCGGCCAGCUUCAGACCAAUUCAGUCCAUUUAAUCCGUUCUUCUACUCCAAAUUUUUCCCUCCAAGUCCAAUAAUGGACAAAUCACCAAUGUCUCCAUUCAUGAACAGACCAGAUGAACAAUACUCAAAGCUGGUGUCGGGAAGCAAGAUGGGAUCAAACUCCGGACCGCCACUGUACUUCCCUACCCCAACUCUUCCAGGCAUGUAUCCAAUGAAUCCUAUGAACCCAAUGAAUUCAAUGUAUCCUUUCAAUCCUUACCAAAGUCUGGCUUGGCAAAUGUAUCCACCUCAGUUCCAUCCGAUGGGAAAUCAGCAACAGGUGUCGCCACCAUUUCCACAUCCUCCACAAGCUCCUCCCCAUCCUGAUCAGGUCCUCAACCUCACCAAACCAAAGGCAGAUAGCUCAUCUGCCAGAGGUCAUAGGUCACUACCAUACCCAUUGAGGAAACGGGAUGGGAAGAUGCACUAUGAGUGUAAUGUGUGUUUCAAGACAUUUGGACAGUUAUCCAACCUCAAAGUGCAUUUACGUACACAUACAGGCGAGCGUCCAUUCGUUUGUCAAACCUGUGGCAAAGGAUUCACCCAGCUGGCUCAUUUACAGAAGCAUCACCUUGUUCACACCGGAGAAAAGCCACAUGAAUGCCAAGUUUGUGGCAAGCGGUUCAGUUCCACGAGCAACCUCAAAACCCACAUGCGGCUCCACAGUGGGGAGAAGCCAUUUCACUGUAAACUCUGUCCGGCCAAAUUUACUCAGUUUGUGCAUCUGAAGCUUCACAAAAGACUUCACACAAAUGAACGUCCAUAUGAGUGUCCGCAGUGCAACAGGAAGUACAUUAGUGCUAGUGGAUUGAAGACACACUGGAAGACGGGCAACUGUAUUCCUCCUGGGAUCAACCUUGACUAUAAUGCUCUUCUUGAAAAUACACAUCAAGGAGCCUUGGAUCAGGACCGACAUGAGCUGAAUGGGGAAAGUUUGUCUCGGGACAACAUGGAAUACCAUGACAACGAACAAUUGAGUAUGAGCGGUGAACUUAAUGAUAACAGUGAUAUUGAUGCUCAAAAGAGCAUGCCUAGUGACACGUCGGAGGUGAUGUACCGCCGCCUUCACAGUGUCAGUAGCAGUAUGAUUGGCAGCGAGGAGGAUGAAGAGGAGAUGAUGAUGAGAGAAGAGGAAGAAAUGCUACAAAUGAAGGAAACUUUCUCCCCACAAAACUCUGACAUUGAUAAUGACCAAGACAUGUCCAGACCAUAUGUGAAAUCACUAGACUAUAGUGCCUCGUCACCUCCUAAAUCAGACAGUCCCAGCCCCCAGAGCUCGCUUAGUCCCACAGGGGUCACAAUCAGCCCCCCACGGGUUUCACACAGCAUUGAAGCCAUUACUGCAUAA